AAACAACAAAUUAAUAUAGAAUACAGAGGUCAUAAAUUCAAUGUCAUGUAUAAAUUGCAAGAAAAUGACAACAAUAAUAAUCAAAUUUAUCCUCAACCUCAAUCAUACUAUUAUAAAGAACCAGAUCUAGUGCCUUCUAUUUUUUUAUCAGUUAUUAAUAAUAACUCAAGUUCAAAUAACAAACUUGAUUUUACAGCAAUUACUGAAUUCAUUAGCAAAGUAAUGAGUUCUUAUUUUAGAAUGAAAGAAAAAAAUCACAAGCAUGCUCGAUAUAAGCAUGAACUACAAGAAAUAUUAUUGAAAAGAGAAUUAGACUCUUUUGUUAAUAACAAAGAGUUUUACAAGAGAAUUGGUUUGCCUUUUCGAUGUGGUUUUCUUUUAUAUAGUAAAUCCAGAACUGGAAAAACUAUAUUAAUAAAUGCUAUAUCAUCUAAUUUGUCACGGGAUCUUAAUCUCAAAGAAAUUAAAAAUAAUAAUGAUAUGAGCGCUGCUUUUAGUUCUAUUUCACUAAAUCAAAUAAUUGUUCUUGAAGAUGUUGAUACACAAUAA